AUGGCUGUCAAGUAUGCUCGGUUUUACUCGUCCCCCAUGGAUGAUGAAACCGACUCAACCCCUCUAGAAGUCUACGGCCUAGAGCAGCGAGAACCCUCCAUCUAUAGCAAACCUCCUAAACUACUUCGUCGAGUGUCGCAAGUCCUAGGCGAUAUUCGUGAAGACCUUUCAAUGGACGCUCGCCAAACUACCGAAAAACUCAAGCGUCGCUCAACAAUGUUCUACGACGGACCCGGUUUCACGACUCCCCUAUCUCGCCCAGAGGCUCCGGUGACAUCCCACAGACCCCCGCGGCCGCGGUCCAUGUCCAUCAUCUCCUUCGACAACUGGUCUCCGAAAGGAGGAAUGAGCCAACGGAUCUCCCGUCGGUUGUCAAUCUUCUCUUCGCGAGGCAAGCCUACUAGCUCCCAGGAGGGCAGCAUAUCGUCGCCGAAUUUGAUCGGUUCAUCAACUCAAUGCGCGAACAGGAGCCAAGCAUCGUUCGUUUCAUAG